UCCCCCUGUGCAGAGUGUGCUGCCCGUUCUCUGUGCCUGUAUGUGGUGAUCUUGUAGGACUCACUGCCAUGGGCCUUGGGUCUGUUCUUCUUGGAUUUGUGUGUUUAAUGGAGCAGAUGAUCUGGGCACACUCUGAGCCAUCUCAGCAGCCUUCUAUCUGGGCAGUCCCAGGAACUGUUAUUUCUACAGGCAGUGCUGUGACUAUCUUCUGUAGGACCCCUCCAGGAGUGACCAAAGUACGUCUAUGUAAUUCUAUACACCAUGGAAUCUGGUAUGAUCACACCCCACAGGGAGACCAGGAGGUUUUUGAGUUCAGUCUGGAGAAUAUGAUGAACAUCAAUGCUGGGAUUUACUCCUGUAAAUACUUCAAUGGAUCUGAAUGGUCAGGAAUUGGUGACAAACUGGAGUUGGUAGUGACAGGUGUUUAUAAGGAGAAGCCAUCCCUUACUGUUGAUUCACGACCUCAGGGAUUCUCAGAAAGAAAUGUGACUCUUGGUUGUUACGCACCUCCUUUCUUUGAGAUCUUCAUUCUCUGCAGAGAUAGAAAUGUGUCCUUUCCUCAGAACUGCUUACAACAGGACCACAACAAAUUCCUCAUCUCCCCUGUGAGCCCAGAGUACAACAGGACCUAUAGAUGUUUUGCCUCUUUCAAAAAUAAUUCCUAUUUGUGGUCACUGCCCAGUGACCCUCUUGAGACUCCAGUCCCAGGUAAGAAUGUCUGA